CCGAGCCUCGGAGCCCGGCAGCGGCCGCUCUGGAGCUCCGAGGAGCGUUUGCAACAAAAGAUGCGCGCAGAGGGCGGGUGGGACGGCCGGUGCGUGGGUCCAGGAUGGAUGGAGGCCUGCUCUGCUCCCAGUCCAGCUGUGGGAGGAUGUUCAGGAGCAUCUCAGCCUCUUUGUGCGGCUUUUAGACGAUAAACAGUUACAUCAGUGGGUCUGCAGCUGGUUUGGAUCAGAACCGACCCGAACAUGUGAGGAUGGUCGCUGCAUCCGAGGAUAAGGAUGAAGAGGUGGUUCAGGAGGAAAACUUCAGCAGUAAUCAAAUCUCUUUAUUUGUGCUGUAGACACCCAAAUUAUUCAAGAAAAUUAAAAGAUUUCAUCUGGAAAUUCUGGAAUAUUUUUCAUCCACAGACAAAAACAGGGAUGCAGUUGUCCUCUUGACAUAUUUGAUGCUUUGCAGCAGAGAAGUCCGGUUCUGGUCCAGGAGGAGCUUCCAGCACCUCCUCAUCACAGCCAAAGUGGCCCUGGAGGACCAGGACUGGUCUCCAACUAAAAGGCUCCUGGUACCUCCGCAGGGCCGUCUGUUCUUCUCCAUCUGAUCUGUGAACUUUGUGGUGUGUCAGCUCUGCGCUCUGAUCUCAGCCUUCUGGUUCCGUCUCUUCCUCCAUCCCAGUAAAUCCAGUCCCUUCAUCCGACACGUGGUGGCCACCGUACUGGGACUCUACUUUGCCAUGUUCUGCUUUGGCUGGUACUCGCUUCACUUCCUGUUUCAGAGUGGACUCACCUACGGAAUCAUGAUCGUGACCGGAGUCGAGCACAUGCACAAGUACUGCCUGGUGGUGGCCCUCAGUUACCUGAGUCUGUGCCAGAUCACUCGGGUUUACGUCUUCGACUAUGGCAUGUACUCAGCCGACUUCACCGGACCCAUGAUGGUGAUAACUCAGAAGAUCACCAGCCUGGCGUUUGAGAUCCAUGAUGGGAUGGCUCGGCAAGAGGAACAUCUGACAGCCGGACAGAAGAUUUUAGCCGUAAGGCGAAUGCCGAGCCUGCUGGAGUAUUUUAGCUACAACUGUAACUUCAUGGGAAUUCUGGCCGGACCCACGUGCUCCUAUAACGACUACAUCGCCUUCAUUGAGGGAGACCCUCGUCGCCACCGAGACCAGGAGGCCGACAGGAAGUCCAAGAGCCAGCUGAGGCUGGACGAGCCUUCGCCAAACAUGGAGGUUGUCCGUAAAGUGGCCACCUCCUUCUUCUGCCUCCUGGUCUUUCUGUCGGUGUGUAAAGUUUUCCCCGUAGAACGUAACAUUGACGACGACUUCAUUGCCAACACACCGUUCUACGCUCAGGUGUGCUACCUGUACCUGUCCAUGGUGACCACCAGACCAAAGUACUAUUUUGUGUGGACGCUCGCUGACGCCAUCAACAACGCGGCUGGUUUUGGUUUUAAUGGUUACGACAGUAACGGCGUUCCCCGCUGGGACCUCAUCUCCAACCUGAGGAUCCUGAACAUUGAGUUUGCCACCAGUUUCAAAGUUUUCCUGGAUAACUGGAACAUUCAGACAGUACACUGGCUCAAACGGGUGUGUUAUGAGCGAUGUCCCUACCACCCAACAGCAGCUACCUUCAUCCUGUCGGCCAUGUGGCACGGCGCCUAUCCAGGAUACUACCUCACCUUCAUCACCGGCAUCGUGGUCACACUGGCUGCCAGAGCGGUCCGUCACAAAGUCCGGCCGUACUUCCUUCAGUCUGCCACCCAUAAAUUGGUGUAUGAUGUCAUCACUUGGGCGGCCACUCAGAUCGCCAUCUGCUACACUGUGGUUCCUUUUGUCCUGUUGUCUGUGUGUCCAUCUUUAAAGUUUUACAGGUCGUGGUACUUCAGCCUCCACAUCCUCUGCAUCCUCCUGGCAGUGGCGAUGCCCGUCAAACCCAAACACCUGCGCCUCAAAGUGCAGCAGGAAAGCAGUCCUCAGGAUGCGGUCCAGAAGACACUGGAGGCUGCAGACGGCACCUACGCACAGAAAGAAAAAGCAUCAUGAGACGGAGGUCAAAAGUCAGCCGUUACUUCAUUUUUCAUGGACUUGUGUGGAAGGACGAGGAGCCAAACAGGCCCAGUGACCUUCCUGCUGAAUUAGGUACAGAAACACAACGGCCAAAACGGUUUUAUUUGGAUUCAGAGGAGGUGAGGAUGAAGCAGGUCCUGGGUCGUAUUUUUUUUUCAGAGGAAGCUUGACUGCCAGAACUGACAGAUUCAGGAAAAAUCUGCCAUUGGAGAAAAUAAAUAACGUGAGUUUACACGGAGCAGCUGUGUGUGAUCGGUAAGAGCUACACUGCCAUGGUGUUGAACUGACUCCAUCUUCCUCCGGUCAGAAACCUGCUGAUCAACGCAGUUAAAACGAAACCACACGUGUAUAAAACAGCUGGAUCAUUAAAUAAAUAAAAGUCUGACUCGUUUAAACUUCAGAAUAUUUAAAAAAGUUCCUUUUAAAGAAAAGUGCCAAUUAUCGUUCCACUCAGUCACCUUAGUUCUUAUGAGUUGCACCAGAAAAGCGAAAUGCUGCUUGUUAGAAGUCGCCUCGGUGAGUUUACAGUUCAGGUUUGUGUGAUUUUAUCUUGGCAGAAUUUUGCCUGAAACCCAGAUCUAACUUUCUAAUGUGAACUGUGAUGCUGCACAGAUCACGUUUCUUCUCCAUGAGAACAAUCAUCAAGUAUUGGCUGCUUUUAUUUUGAAAUUUAUUCUGAAGGCAGUGAUCAUGGCUUUGAUGGGGGUGUGGGGUUUGGUGGUUAGGCUCUACAGAUUAAAGCAUUUAAAUAACUCCAUAAAACUUCAAACCCCACCUAAUCCUCUGAUAUUAUUACAAACAUCUGGAUAAUACUCUCAGCAUUCCAGCUGGAUGUGUGUCAGAAGACCUUCUUAUUGGAUUUGAUGAAACUUAGCUCAAAAAUAUUACUUGUGUUAAACACUUUUUUCCAUGGUCACUAAAAUCCAACACAGGAAAACAGUCGGAGGUGUUUAUUCUAGUGUGAAAAAGGAGCAACUAACAAAAACAUCUGGAAGCAUUUAAAGAUUAAAAUAUAAAACACCUCAUGUUUCAUUUCUAUGGAGUUAAUUUUGUUU